AUGGACCGGCAGGACAACAUCCGCAACGUGACCGUCAUCGCCCACGUUGACCACGGCAAGUCUACCCUCACCGACUCGUUGGUGAGGAUGGCUGGCAUCUCGUCGAAGAACAGGUUCACCGACGGACUCGAGGCCGAGCAGCAGCGCGGCAUCAGCAUCAAGUCCACCGGUCUGUCGCUCUACUUCGAGCUGCCCAACGCCGCCGACCAGAAGGCGCCCGCCACUCAGGUGGCGGCGGCCGCCGCUGGUGGUGAGGAGGGCGAAGCCCAGCAGGGUCCUUCCCUCGAGGGCUUCCUGCUCAACCUCAUCGACUCGCCCGGCCACGUCGACUUCUCUUCGGAGGUGACCGCCGCGCUGCGUGUGACUGACGGAGCGCUGGUGGUGGUCGACUGUGUGGAGGGCGUGUGCGUCCAAACCAACACCGUGCUCCGGCAGUCCCUGUCGGAGCGCAUCAAGCCCGUUCUUGUCAUGAACAAGAUCGAUCGCGCCAUCCUCGAGCAGCAGCUUGAGCCCGAGGAGCUCUACGCGCGUCUCUGCCGUACGAUCGAGUCGGUCAACAGCGUGAUCUCGAUCUACAAGGACGAGGGCAUGGGCGAGCCCUUCGUACAGCCCGACCAGGGCACCGUGGCCUUUGCCUCAGGCCUCCACGGCUGGGGCUUCACGUUAACGACCUUUGCCACAAUAUUGGGCAAACAGCUCGGCGUAGCGCCAGAGAAGCUACAGAAACGCCUGUGGGGCGACAACUUCUACGAUCCCGAUGUCAAGAAGUGGCUCAAGACCGACAUCUCGCCGACGACGGGCAAGAAGCUGAAGCGUGGCUUCUGCCAGUUCGUGCUCGCACCCAUCUACAGGAUCAUCAAGGGCUGCCUCGGUGGUCCCGAGAAGCGGGAGCUGCUCGACAAGAACAUCCAACAGCUGGGCAUCGAGCUCAAGGCCGCGGAGAAGGCCCUCGAGGGCAAGGACCUCAUGAAGUGCGUCAUGCCCAAGUUCCUGCCUCUCGGCACCGCUCUGCUCGAGAUGAUGGUGCGCCAUCUGCCUUCGCCGGUCCAGGCCCAGACGGUACCGCGUGGAAGAACCUCUACGAGGGUCCCAUGGACGGACGAGUGCGCCGACGCCGUUCGCAGAUGCGACCCUGAGGGCCCUCUCAUGGUCUACAUCUCCAAGCUGGUGCCGUCGCCCGACCAGGGAAGCCGGUUCUACGCCUUCGGCCGUGUGUUCUCGGGCACGGCCCGGACCGGCCAGAAGGUCCGCAUUCUCGGCCCGGACUACAUCCCCGGCCAGAAGUCGGAUCUGUAUGUGAAGAACAUCCAGAAGGUGUGCGUGGCCAUGGGCCGCUACUUCGAGAACAUGGACAGCGUGCCCGCCGGUAACACGGUGUGCCUGGUCGGUCUCGAUCAGUUCCUCAUCAAGUCCGGCACCGUGACCACCAGCGAGGUGGCCCACAACUUCAGGAUGAUGAAGUUCAGCGUCUCCCCUGUCGUGCGCGUGGCCGUUCAGCCCAAGAAUGCCGCCGACGUGCCCAAGCUGGCGGAAGGCCUGCGCAAGCUGAUCAAGACGGACCCGUGCGUCCAGUGCUCCAUCGACGAGGCCACGGGCGAGAUGAUCGUGGCGGCGGCGGGCGAGCUCCACCUGGAGAUCGUGCUCGACGACCUGGCCAAGCUGUCGCGAGUGGAAUUCCACCAGUCGGACCCUGUGACCUCGUUCAGGGAGACCGUCACCGAGCGGACGCCCGAGGCCUGCCUCGCCAAGUCGCCCAACAAGCACAACCGGCUGUGGGUGUCGGCCGAGCCCUUCCCCGAGGGCCUGGCCGACGCGCUCUCCGCUCGCCCGAGGCUCAUGGAGCCCAUGUACCUCGUCGAGAUCCAGACCGAGGACUCGGCCAUGGGCAGCGUCUACGGCGUGCUCUCCAUGCGCCGCGGCCACGUCUUCUCCUCCGAGCAGCGCGAGGGCACGCCCAUCUACACCCUCAAGGCCUAUCUGCCCGUCAUGGAGUCCUUCGGCUUCACCUCGGCCCUGCGCGAGGCCACCGGAGGCAACGCGUUCCCCCAGUGCGUGUUCGACCACUGGCAGGCCAUGAGCGGCGAUCCGCUCGACCCCAACAGCACGGUCGGUAAGGCCGUGCUCGGCGUGCGCAAGCGCAAGGGUCUCAAGGCCGAGCUCCCCACCGCCGCGGCCUUCAUGGACAAGCUCUAA